CUGUAAUUCUCACUCAAGAGGUGUCUUAAACUCUGAGUAUUUUUGAUGCAAAGCGAGAAAAGACGACUGAAUUUUAGAUCUUCACGGUAGCAUCAACAACAAAAUAUUCGCAAACCUAGAAGAUCGAGUCAACAUUGAUUCAGAGAAUUCAGUUUACUAGAACAACGAACGAUAAAUAAACACAUAAGUAACUACAUAAACGUCUCAAACCGACAACAUCAAUAUGCCUCUCUUCCCGUACGUUGAGUUUCCGUCCCGCGCGGCGCGUGACAAGUUGGUUUUCAUGUACUACGACAAGACCGGCAAGGGCGUGAUAGGACCAAGGGAGGCUGCCGCUGCACUGCAGGCAGCUGGCGCACUCAUUACCAUUAAGGGUUACCGCAUUUUUGCAUUCUCGUUCACUACCAUCCUUGACUUUUUUCCCAGUAGGAAACGGGUCAGGGAUGAUCUGAAGAAUGCAAUGUCGCAGACUCUAAUACCAACAGCGAGCUUCAACGUCUUAUCGAUGCAGGCGUAGUGCCGGAAAAGGGAUUGGAUUUUGAUUUGUGACUUGGUAGUGAGAUAGAGAUCAAAUUCUGUAGGUCGUCAAGUGAACCCGAUGGAUCCUCUUUCUUAAAUUUCUAAUCACCGCUUUUCAGCAACUUCUACGGGACUCUAUCUUAAAGAAUUUCCGUGAUGGCGUCUUUUCCCGAGAACGACUGCGAGACCGCUUCCGGGUUUUCCUUGAUGAUAAAGAUACGGUUAGCAAAGAGGUCCUCCGCUACAUCAUGCUACAUUUAGGCGAAAAGCUACCGCCGAAACAAACGGCAGCUUUUUUGGAGAGUUUGGGAUACAGCGAAGAGGAAGAUGCACCCACAGGAGCAGCGUUUGCAGGAACCUCAGAUGCAGAAGGUGGAUCUGAUGUGAAUGGAAGUAUUCUUGGUGCAGAGGACGAUGGGAAGGAAAAGAAGAAGGUUGAAAGGAUUCCAUUUAAUGUACUGGCAGAUGCUUUGCUGAACUGAACAACUUACCGUGAUGGGCCGUUUUUGAACUUUUGCAAGAACGGAAUUACUUUGAUCCACCCGGG